AUGACAUACGCUGCUCAAAUGUUUUUCUUUUCCUGGCAGGGACAUGUGCAUGUGCUUGUUCCAUUUAGCAGUGCCCCGAUUUGGUCAGCAUGUAGUAUAAAUAGGCUCCCUCACUUGUCUUCGGAACUUGGCACCUUGCCUCUCCUUGACACAGCUAUCACAAUCAUGGCAAUCGAACUUGCACCUUUCCCAGUCCCUGCUUCAGCCGACUCUGUAAAGCUCGCCGACUUCGGACGUGAAGUCAGGGGUAUCAAUGUCGCUGAAUUCACCCCAGAGCAGUUCAAGGAGAUCGAAGAGGCUCUUUACAAGCACGGUGCCCUCCUUUUCCGUAACACCAAGCUCUCUCCUGCCCAGCAGUACGCACUGACCAAGGCCUUCGACCCACAGUCCGAAAGCUACGGCCACGGCAACAACAAGACCGGAGAGACCAAGAAGUCAAUUCUUCACCCCGACCUUAAGACGAUCCCUUCCGUACCACAGGUUCAGCUAAUCGGGAAUGGCGUGGUCUACAACCAUGAAGGUCUGGCAGAGGCCAAGCUGAAGCACCCCAAUCAUACCACCUUCCACAAGACCCGUGUCUCACCCGAGGACGAGGACAAGGGCGUUACUCGCUUCUACAGGUGGCACAUUGACGCCGCACUCUACGACCUCAACCCGCCGAAGGUGACCACGCUCUAUGGUAUUACCGUUCCGCAAGGCGAGAAGCAGAUCUGCAGGUAUGACGAUGGUACUGGCGAUGAGCUUGAGGUUCCCCUUGGCACGACUGCCUUCGUUUCUGGCAAGGUCAUGUUCGAUAUAUUACCUCCCGAGCUCAAAAGCUUCGCAGUUCGCUCCAAGGUCAAGUAUGCUGCUCACCCGUACGUGUGGAUGGCCCCUGCCCACGCGAUGCCUACUGGCCUUGGUAUCGAAACCGAAGGUCUUGAGCUCCCCCUCGAAGAGCUCCCGGCCUGGGAGGAAUCCAAACUGAAAAUCUUGCCUAUCUUGUGGAAGAACCCUGUUACUGGCGACUUGCACUUCCAAGUUCAUCCCUGUGGCGUCCAGGAGCUCAUCGUUAGCCCUCUCCCCGAAGGCGCGAACCGCGAAGGAGCGCUCUACCCCGACGGUGGUCACAUCAAGGAUCUUAAAGAAGUCCGCGGCUUGCUCUACAAGAUGCAGCGUCCCGGCAUCGCUCCUUCGCUCAUCUAUCCGCAUGACUGGAAGGAGGACGACCUCGUCAUUUUCCACAACCGCGGUGUUCUCCAUACCGUCGUUGGCGCCUUUAAACCCGACCAGGUCCGCGCCUUCCACCAGUGUAACCUCGCUGCGUCUGAUGAGCCCGCCGGCCCGUCUGCCGAGGAUGUCAAGAAGUGGGCUUAA